AUGCCGAAGGAGUGGAAGGAGGACAAGUUCUUUACGGACCACUCCCCGAUCGUCAUGAGCAUGCGCUACGGUCAGAACGAGCGGAUCGCGGUGCGCACGGGGUUGGAGGCGGAGAAGGCUCGCUGGGGAACCGAGCGCGACUGGUCUCGCAUCCGCUAUGCGAACUUUGCCGUUGCGACUCACAUCAGAGCGCACUACGUCGAGGAAUGGGAGGCGAUCGACCCGGCCGACAUCAUCGACCAGCAUGGCGAGGUGUAUGACAGCCACGAUCCGUUGGACGACGACGAGCCCUUGGAUCUGGAGAACUACCCACUGAUGGGCCCGGACGGGAAGGAGAAGCCUAUCUACAACUUGGAGGGCCACCGCAUUGCACGGCGAAGGCCACGGGACGAGCUCACCGAGGAGAGCGCAUGCGGCAUCCUGUGCAACCUUUUGACCAUCCAGGAGAUGUACAAGGGUGACGCGAGCGUGGAGGCGGCGGCGCGACGCAGGCGUCGACGGCGACGACGCAGGCGGGCAGCUCGCGCAGGCAACCCUCAGCAGCAUCAGGAGAACGAUGAGUCUUCGGACGCCGAUCCAGGCUUGAGAGAGAUCGAGGACCACGACCUUGAGGAGGAGCUGUACGACAUGCGCAACCGGGGCAGCGGGAAGCCCCUCGCGGUGUACUGCUAUCCCCAGGCGCUCCUCGGGAAGUAUGGCAACGUGCAGGCGACGCGCAUGUUCCGCCACUACAACCCUCAAUUUCUGGACAUGGAGAAGAAGUUGCGCGCGGACGUUCCCCCGCGCCCUGCCGUCUUUCGCACGUCUCGCAUAUCGGCAGCGCGGGUCAUGCGCAACCACCUCGCCAACCAAGGCAACCCCCCUCCUCCUGCUGACGACGACGACGACGACGAGUCCUCGAGCGAGGAGGAAGACGGCAACCGCGACGCCGCCGACGCACGGCGGCUCCGAGGUAACGACAGGGUGCAGCUCAACUACAUCCGUCAGAACGG